AUGGCAAGUGCAAAGUCAAUUGUUCAUACUUCCACGCUGAAACCAAAUGUUGUGUCAAAAAAUUUGAUAAACGGUGCAUGGGCGUUAAGAUGGCCAGAAGAAAAUACUAAACCUGUGGCACCUAUUCUUGUUAAUCUCCAUAUUGAUUCGAAAGGUUAUAUUUUGUUUUGUCUAAACAAAGCAACAAAGGAAAUUGAAUGUUUUGAUAUAGCAUUGAUCCACGACACGCGUACUGGAAAAUAUAUAAUCCCACCAAAGGAUGCAAUCAAAUGUGAACAAAUGAAUAUUGGUGCUGAUGUUCCAGUCCAAGAUAAAUGGCUUACAAUUUAUUAUGGACAUACUUUUGUACCUGAUAGGGAAUUACGUGCUAUCCAUUUCUGCUUCGAAUCUCCCAGUUUAGCCAAGGAAUGGGCUGAUGAAUUAUUUCAAUAUGCUCGAAAUCCUUUUCUUCGAAAUUUAUCGGCAUUAGAGUUAUUAGAAAAAAUUCAUUCGAAAAUUGUCAAUGGUCUGGUGGAAGAAGUUCGACAAGAUCGACAAGAUCGGAAAGAAAUUGCAGUUCGAACUAUUCUUCGCAUGUUCUGUAGAAAUUCACGAGAAACAGAGAGAGAACAACGAAUAUUAAAAGCAUUAGAUUAUAUACAAUUACCACAUGAAAGAGAUUCUUGGAUUGAUCCAGAACAAUUUACAUUUGAUAAAUUUUUUAACUUUUACAUGCAAUUAAUGGAAAGAAAUGAAAUUGAUAGAUUAGUUGAAAAAAUUUUUGUUGUUGAUCUGUUUAGUGGUGGCAAAAGAAACCGAUUAAUUACUCAUGAAAAAUUAAAAGCUUUCAUAGAAAAACAAUCUAAAACACGCAGUGAUGAUGCUGUUUAUAAUAUCAACUAUGAUCAGAAAACAAAAAGCAUGUGUGAUGAAUCAUUUUUACGUUAUUUAUUGAGUUUUGAUAAUUUAGUAAUCGAUCCAUCAAAACUUGAACUUCAUCAAGAUAUGGAUAAACCAUUGUCGCAUUAUUUUAUCGCGUCAUCGCAUAAUACGUAUUUAGUAGGUGGCCAGUUACAUGGACGUGCAAGUGUAGAAAUGUAUCGUCAAGUUUUAUUAACUGGUUGUCGAUGUAUUGAAUUAGAUAUACUCGAUUCGCCAGAUGGAGAACCCGAAAUAAAACAUAGAAAGACUAUGAUACGCGCAGUACCAUUUCGUGAUGUUAUAGAAGCUAUUGACCAAUAUGCAUUCAAAGUAUCGCCAUAUCCUGUUAUAUUGUCGUUUGAAAAUCAUUGCAGCGAACGUGUUCAAUGGAAAAUGGCCAACUACUUAACCGAAAUACUUGGUGAUAAAUUGCUUACUCAACCAUUGAAAUCUCAUCCAAAUAAAGAAAAUGUUCCAUUACCAAGUCCAAAUGACUUGAAAAAUAAAAUAUUAAUCAAAAAUAAAAAGCUACGAAGUAUAAAAACACCAUAUUCAAUUGACCCUAAUGUAACUGUUGGAAAUCCAUAUUCAACGAACUUACAACAAAAGCGAUUUGGAAAAUCAGAUUCAAUACAAACAACUAGUAGUGACUAUAGUUUUAAUAGUGUAACACAGCCGACAUCUCCAUCCGGUUAUUCGUCUGCUAGUUCCGCCCAGACAUUCAAUAUGAGUCCAACAAAUUCUGUUAGACGAACAGGCCGACAUUUUUCAGAUGUUCACCGGCAUUUAGAAUCAAUCGAAUUUGAUAUUAAUAGUGAAAGUCCACGUUAUGGUAUCAUUGUGGAUCCAAAUUCAGAUAGUUCAGAUGAAGAGUUAUUCGAAAAUGAACAUAACAAUCUCCAUGACCAAUUAGCAUCAAAUCAAACUUAUCCACUAACAACAACUGUAGCACCAGUGCCGUACUUGAAUGAGGUCAUGAUCGAAUCAAAGGCAACAAAGGCCAUGUCGGAUUUGGUCAAUUAUGUGACAGCAGUUCAUUUUAAAGAUUUUGUAAUUGCAGAGAAACUUGAUCUUAGUCAUGAAUGUUCGUCUUUUAAUGAAGAUAAAGGACAAAAUUUAAUACGUGAAAAUGCUAUAGAAUUUGUUAAUUAUAACAAGAGACAAUGGAGCAGAAUAUAUCCAAAAGGAACAAGAAUAGAUUCAUCUAAUUAUAAUCCCUAUACUUUCUGGCCUGUUGGUUGUCAAAUGGUGGCAUUGAAUUAUCAAACAUUAGAUACACCAAUGCAAAUCAAUUUGGGAAUGUUUGAGUACAAUAAACGAUGUGGGUAUUUACAAAAACCGGCUCCUUAUUGUUUACGAUCCGGUACAUUUGAUCCACAUGCACACGUUAGCGUCGAAAAUGUUGUCGUUGAACAACUUGAAAUUAAACUAAUUUCUGGACAGUUUUUGACACAAGAUCGUGAACCAGCUUACGUUGAUGUUGAAAUGUAUGGUAUCUAUGCAGAUACAACUAAACGGCGAGAAUAUCGAAUAAAAUCAAAAAAAUGGAAUGGUUUUCAAGCUGUAUACGAUGAUAGUGACGUUGAGCAUGAUAUAACAAUCAAAUUCUCGAAAAUCAAUUUGCCAGAAAUGGCUGCUGUUCGUUUCGCUGCAUUUGAAGAAGAUAAUAUUUUCAUUGGUCAAGCAGUUAUUCCGGUAUUAAAUUUACGUUCUGGGUAUCGCCAUGUCGUAUUGCGUAAUCAAAUCAAUGUCCCAAUUCAAUCGUCAACAUUAUUCAUUUUUAUUCGUAUAGACGUUCACGUUGAUGAUGCAAAUCUAGAUUUUGUUAAAUUAUUAAUGAAUCCCAAAAUAGGUGAAGUAAAAAAACAGGCGUUUAACGAAAUUUUAAAUGAUCAACGACAGCCACAUCCAAAUGGAAGUGAUCAACCAAACAUAUAUGAUGUACAAAUACAACAAAUAUUAAAUCCAUUAGUAGCGAAACGUUCAAAGUCAGCUGGAGAUCUAAGAGGUCGUUUAGGCUCAGUUAAUUAUGAGCUAAGAAAAGAUCCGUUUGGCUCCGUAGCAAAUCUACAUCAUUCAUCUAUUACUGGUAAACGACAUCCUUCAUCAGCAAUUAUUGAUGAAAAUAUUUAUAAAAUUCAAUUUGUCCAAAAUAGUCCAUUGAACAAUAAACGUUUAUGUGAUUGUUUGACAAUUAAAGAUAUUUAUCGAACAAAAUUUUAUAUGCAAAAACAAGAAAAACUCCAAAUGAAACUCCAAAAAACAGGAACAGUACAAGAUAAAAAAAUCGAAAUAGAAGAAAAAAAAUUUCGAAAAAAUCUUCAUCGUCAAAAAGCAAUCAAUGAGUUCUACAAUAAAAUUGAAAAACAUAUAAAUGCUUAUUAUACGAAACAAAUUUCAUGUGUACACGAAAUCUUCAAACAAGAAAGUGCGAAAGUAAAAGAUCAAGUAAGAAUACAGACAAAAAGUGACACUAAAGAAAGAUUAUGGAAUGAAAGAGAUCGACAAAAACUAUCUAGUGUAAGAAAUAAAAUUCGACAAAUGAACGUUGAAGCUGGUGCUGUGACAAUACGAAAGCUUGAAAGCAUGCGCGAUAAACUAUGUGAAACUAUAACAACAAAUCAGAUCAACACAUUGGCAUCCCUAAAACUAGAACGAGAAUCGGUAAAUACAUGUUGA